UGAAGAUUGAGUGCUGUCAGUUCUAUUUCACAGUUCGUGAUUACUCUGUCUUAGUAAACCUCUACUUCUCGAUAGUUUGCGUCCCUUGAAGUCGUAUAUCGAAUGAUAUCAUGCGCUGCAAAGGUGUUAUGUGCAUCCACAUUAUAUUUGUAGCAGUGCUACUUAGACACGCUGUUGGCCAAGAUAUCGGGAAAUGCAAUCUGACCACUUUCACGAAGGGAGGACAGCAAUGCCAGAGGACUCUGAUUUCAAACUUGAAAAACAACGCCAGCUUGAAUUGCAGCUUUGAAUACGAAAAGCAAUCUAUCUGUUUGAAUGGUCAUGUCACUAGUUGCGUGGAUGGUGUUCCGCUGUUAAACGCGUUUAAAGGUGAGAUAGUGAAGCUGCUUGAACUGUUAGUUUAUCACUGCGGAAAGCUGAGUUUUGAGGUAUCAAGAAUAAACCCCUUAAUCCUCGGUCAAGUCGAUUGCGAUGCAGGAAAACUGGAAGGGAUGGUUGGCUGCUGGGAUGAUUUCCGUACUACUUUUAACGCAAGCAGGAACGAUUCCUUAUUAUGCAGUAAAUAUGCGGAAGGGAAACAAAAAUGCACCAACAGGGCAAGAGAAUCGUGUAAAGGUAUCUGCCAAUACAUCACCAAAGACGACUAUAAUCCAUUCUGUGCCGACGGAAUGGACCCUCCAACACAGACUACCUUGUUUGACUGUAAUCCUCUCCCCCUCCUCUGCCCAAAUAAUUUAGUUUACGAUAAUGCGAUGAUGUGUGAUACAGAGAGCUUUAAAGACUUUGCUUCGGGGAACAAUUGCAGCACGGUCCUUUUGAAAAAUAAGAAUUGCUUGAGAGAGAAGUUGGUUACGCAGUGCUCUUCCAUGCGAGAUGAUAAAGUUUUUGAGGACAGUGUGAAGACUCUUCGAGCAACUCUGAUGGUGGAGCAGUUCUUUUGUGGCAAAGUGACUCUGGACAAGGCCGCACUUCAUGAAAGCGUUAAGACAGGUGAUUGUAAGCCGGCGUUUUUCACCGCUGCUGAGAAAUGUGCGGAGCCUUUCAGAAGCAUAUAUGAAAAUUCGGUGAAGAAAAAGUCCCAAGAAGUUUGCUCCUCUUUUGCAGAUGCCAAGAAGUGUCUCAACAGAGCACACGAGGAAAGUUGUAAUUUUGACCAAAGCUCAUCAAAGGCGACCAUGUUUGGUGACGAUAACCCUUUUUGUGAAAAUGGUAAAGAUCCAUUAAGGAGUGGAGUGAACGGUGGUCAAGGGACUAUACUAUUUCUGUUCAUUACCAGCAUCGCGUUUUUAGUUGGACCUUGAGAUCAAGACUUCUCCCUAACCAGACACUUUACAUUGUAUGAUGCACGCUAAUGUUAAUGGAAAAUGGUAGUGGGGAGAGCCAGACCUUAAGCACAAAUGUAACUAUUGUCAACUAAGGAAGCAAAUAAGAAAGCUAGCGAACAAAUCAAAACAAAACAAACAAACAAAUCAAAACAAAACAAACGAACAAAUCAAAACAAAACAAACGGGUAAAUAAAAGAAGAGAAAAGUGUGAAAAAUAUUAGGACGAAAAACAAUGACGACAAAAAGAAUCGUUAAGAAACUUAUUUUCAUGAUCAAAAACUGCUUUACUAUUUCAAUUUCGUUUGUAUAUCGUUUGAUCUCUGGUUGUUUGAUUGUUUUCCUUUGACGCUCCAUGCAUAAUUUGUUUUCUGUUCUCGAUUCUUGUCGCAAAUCUCAGCCGGGAUAACAUGUAUUUAUAUUCGCCCAUUUAAUACAAUCUUAAAUGAAACUCCAACUCUUUUUUUCUUUUUCUUUAGCGUUUAAAGGGUGAUCACUUCAAUCUUUCCUAGUAUUUUUAAUAAAGUCAGUUUGAUAGGCAAUAGCCUUCAAAGACACCACACAAACUCACGUUUUCUCAUUUCGUAAUUCUUAUCUUUGAAAGAACUGAUUUGGAUUUUUUUUAUUCCCAUGCACUUUCUUUAAUGGAAUUCGUGGGCUCUCGUGAAGGUAAUGGGCAGCCUGUGUUGUAAGCGAGAU